UCACAGCGCGCGCUGCGCGUGACCUCACCGUUUCUUCACAGCUGUGCGAUAGAGCAGCAGCAGCAGCAGCGGUGCGCGAGCAAGCGCGCAGGAGCCGCAGAGUCCGCCGGUAUGUGUCGAAUUGUUCUCGGCGCGUUAACGCACGCGAGCCGAGCCCGUCCGCGUCUCCCGCGCGUCGUUUACUAGGACACAAGAUGGACGAGUCGUCGCUGCUGGAUCUGCUGGAGUGUUCCGUGUGUCUGGAGCGGCUGGACGCGAGCGCGCGCGUGCUGCCCUGUCAGCACACCUUCUGCCGCCGUUGCCUCGAGAACAUCGUUAGUUCCCGCCACGAACUGCGGUGCCCGGAGUGUCGCAUCCUUGUGGACUGCGCGGUCGACGAUUUGCCCGCCAACAUCCUCCUGGUUCGGUUACUGGACGGGAUUAAGCAGCGGCCACGGAACGGCGGAGGAAAACCGUCGCUGGCGGGAUGCGCGGCCGGCGUCGCGGCUUCUUCGCCCCCGGGGACGGCUGUAAGGGACCUGCCCGUUGCCACUCGAAGCUCUCCGGUUAAGAAUGUUCCUCAGCUGCCGUGCGGUAAAGCUCUUUACAGCUAUGAGGGGAAAGAGCCGGGCGACCUCAAGUUCAACAAAGGUGACAUCAUCAUUCUGCGACGUAAGGUAGAUGAGAACUGGUAUCACGGGGAGUUAAACGGGAGUCACGGGUUCCUGCCGGCCAGUUACAUCCAGUGCAUCCGACCGCUCUCCCAGACGCCUCCGCAGGGCAAAGCUCUUUAUGACUUUGAGGUUAAAGAUAAAGACCAGGACAAAGACUGCUUGACUUUCACGAAGGAUGAAAUUCUCACAGUCAUACGGAGAGUGGAUGAUAACUGGGCAGAAGGAAUGCUGGGAGAUAAGAUUGGGAUCUUUCCCAUCCUGUAUGUGGAGUUGAAUGAGACCGCUAAGCAGUUAAUGGAGAUUGACAAGCCCACAUUAACACCAGGACCCAGUACUGAUCCAGGAUCUCCUCCGGCUGCUUCUCCUCACUGUUCUGGAUCCAGCGCAGCUCUCAGUUGUAAUGGCAAUGGCAUCCACAGACGAAUGGAGGGCAAGAAAAACGCCAAGAAGCGACAUUCGUUCACGGCGCUCAGUAUGACUCAGCGUACGGCACAGGUGCUGGGAAACAACAGACACUCCAUGGAGAUCAGCGCUCCGGUCCUCAUCAGUUCCUCUGACCCGAGAGCUGCGGCUCGGAUCGGCGACUGUCCUCAUCUCUCCUCCAGCGCUCCCACCUCACAGGAUUGUUCGGUCACAACAGCGUCAGGCGUUUCAGCUCCACGAGUCACAUCUACAUCAGGAGAUCUGCUCGCCGCUGCUAAAGUCCAGCUGCCUCUUAACAUCUAUCUGGCCAUGUACGCUUAUAAACCACAGAAAGCAGAUGAGCUGGAGCUGAGGAAAGGAGAGAUGUAUCGCGUCAUGGAGAAAUGUCAAGACGGAUGGUUUAAAGGAACGUCAAUGCGCUCUGGAGCUUCUGGAGUUUUCCCGGGAAACUAUGUCACGCCCGUCUCCAGGGCUCCGUUUGCAGUCGGACAGACGCGUGCGUGUGUUUCAGACAGACUGACUCAGGCAUCUCCUGGAUCGCCGGGUUCCUCUAGUCCCGUUCUGAUGGCAUCUGGGUCACGAUCCAGCACUCCGCUCAACAGUCCGUCUUCUCCUCAGCUGCAGCCGGCAGCCGUGCAUCUGAAGAACUGUCUGCGCAUGUCCAGUCAACAAACUGUCAAUCAAACGCGCUCUGCCAUGCAGUUAGUUCACAGUCCAGAACGAGGCACGUCAGCCGUCGGCCCCCUCAGACCUCAGAUCAGUCCGUCACGCUCCCCCUGCUCCGGUCGACCGCUCUCAAUGGUGGCGGCUCCUCAGACGCACGCUUCGCUUCAGUCCGGUCCUCUGUCUCCAGCAUCCGCACGCCCUCUCGUACCUCUGACCUCCGCUGCGAUCGCCGUUACGCCCCCUAACGUCAGCGCGGCUCAUCUGAACGGAGGAGACUCGUCUGUCUGCCCGCCGUCGUCCUCGUCUCCAGCACACGCACAGGGCGCCGUCGCCGGCUUCCCCAAACUUGAGGAGAAGAAGAAAGAGAAGAAGAGUAGUGGUCUGCUUAAACUUCUUUCUGGAGCUGCAGCAAAAAAGAAGUCUCGUUCACCGCCGUCCGUGUCUCCGACCCAUGAGCCGCGUGUCGUGGACUCGUCCUCCUCCUCCUCUUCUUCAUCCGUUCAGGGUGCUAUGGCUCCAGAGCUUCGGUCUCUCGGUGGUCACGGUCGAGCCGGCUCGUGUCCUAUUGAGAGUGAAAUGCACGGCGCUAUGGGUAUUGAACCUCUUCACAGAAAGUCCGGUUCAUUGGAUCUGAACUUCUCUGUGUCUCCACCAGCACGUCAACCCUGUUCAUCCUCACCGCUGGCCAUCAGACCUGAACCUAAACCUUUAUCCAGAGAGAGGUAUCGUGUGGUCGUCCCGUAUCCACCGCAGAGCGAAGCGGAGAUCGAACUGAAAGAGGGCGACGUCGUCUACGUCCAUAAGAAACGUGAAGAUGGCUGGUAUAAGGGAACGCUUCAGCGGACGGGUCGAACCGGGCUUUUUCCUGGGAGUUUUGUAGAGAUCUUCUAAUAAACGUCAUCAAACGGCUGUGUCGAGAGACUCUGGGGAGUGACUGACAUGUGAAUUAUUUCAUCAUCCUUUCACAUCGUGUGAAAUAUCGUCAGACGGGUUUAUUGUUUAUUUAACAUCUGCUGUCUGAGUCUUCAGACGAACAGAAAUAAACCCAAACAUCUUUACUGCCAUUCAUCACAGAUCGAUCACACACGCACACGACACUUUCCAUGGAUACGGUUUACUGUGCUGUUUCUUUAAGAAGCACAAAUCUACAGAACUGUAAUUAUAUAAACAACAGCACAUGGUUAACAUGUUAGAAACACAACAAACCUCGAUAGGACAAAUCAAUAAACUCUUUAUACAUAUUUAUAAACAAUAAACAUUUUAUAUACAAACCACAGUGCAAAAACUCAUCUAACCGUUUAACCAAAGUAAGAAAAGCAUUUAAAUAAUGAAAAAUGUUUUUUUACAUUUCUAAAAAAAUCUUUAAGUUUAAGAAGUUUAUAAAAAACUACAACAUCUGGUCUAAACUAGUCUAUCAACUUAAUCUACAGAUUACAUUUAGGGCCAAAUUUACUAAAUGGGACAAAGUAGCGUAAAGAGCACAAUUUGAAAAAAGAGCCGAUGGCGGUUUUAUAUAUCUGCAGGUCAUUUACUAAAAAGGCACAAAUUAAAUAACACAGACACAACAGCUGAUUUCCAUAAUGACCAACAAUCUACUAAAAGCAGCACAAAUGAGUUCAGGAUCACAAAUAGAGCUGAUGAGGUGCUGGUGAUCUACUAACACCUGAUGAGAUUGAGCUCAGCACCGCAGACAUCACAGCUAAUGAAGCCAUAGGACACUGAGAGAACCAGAGGACAAAAAGAUGAAGACUUUUAAAACACCUGCUAUUGUGUGACUUCUCCUAGUGACUCCUCUUUUAUUUACUUCAGCAAAUAAUAAAUAACUGUUAUGUGUUAAAAAAAUGAUCUGCCUUGUACCACACGCUCUCUGAUCUUUGAUGUCACACUUUUUAGCAACAAUUGUAGCCAUUUAAAUCGCAAAAUGAUUUAAGACGCUUUUUUCUGCGUUAAAUAAUGGUGCAAAUAUCAGUAAUAUCACAUGCACAAACAUUACUAAAUUGUGUUGCGAUUUAAAUAAUCUCUUUAUAUACAUUUUGCGUCUGAAAGAGAAACUGCAUAUGCAAUAAGAUCAGUCCCAAAAAUAACUCGAUCACACCUUUUCAGCGCUAAUGAUCACUGCGCGUCUUUAAUCAAUCCUGACAGUCAUUGUUUAACACCAAAAUGAUGUUAGUAAAUCUGGCCCUUGUUAACUUAGAAAAUAGAAAGGCACAAUUUGUGGAUUUAAACUUUUAAGAUCAUUUUGAUACCGAUUGUAAAAAAUCUUUACUGAAAAACCCAAAGAUUUCAGAUGCUGUUUGUCCCUAUUCAUGGAAAGUGUGACAUUGUUGUGGUUUAACCAAAUCCUGAUUCACACAAACAGAUACAGACAGAAAGCACACACAUCAGAUGAAUCAGACACAUCAGACUCGUCCAGCACACUCGACAGCAUUCACCUCCAAGCGGAUGAGAUGAGGCUCAAUGGUGCCUUUGAUCCGGAGAAACUGCCAAGCACAGCAAACUGUGUGUGUGUGUGUGUGUGUGUGUGCGUGCGUGCGUGCGUGCGUGCGUGCGUGCG